CUCAAAGUGACCGGUGACUUGCUGUCCUGUUCGAAGGUGACGGAGUUGGUGCUCGAUAACUGCCGGUCCAGCAACGGCGAAAUCGAAGGGCUGAAUGAUUCCUUCAAAGAACUAGAGUUUCUUAGCAUGGCCAACGUAGAGCUGACGUCGCUGGCCAAGCUCCCCACGUUGAGUAAGCUCCGGAAGUUGGAAUUGAGUGACAACAUCAUCUCAGGAGGCCUGGAGGUCCUUGCAGAAAGGUGUCCAAAUCUCACAUAUCUAAAUCUAAGCGGGAACAAAAUCAAAGAUCUUGGCACUGUGGAAGCUCUUCAAAACCUUAAAAACUUGAAGAGCCUUGACCUGUUCAACUGUGAGAUUACAAACCUCGAGGACUACAGAGACAGCAUUUUUGAGCUGCUUCAGCAAAUCACGUACCUGGAUGGAUUUGAUCAGGAAGAUAACGAGGCACCGGACUCGGAAGAUGAUGAUGAUGAGGGAGAUGAAGAUGAAGAUGAUGAAGAUGAGGAUGAAGCUGGUCCUCCAGGAGAAUAUGAAGAGGAAGACGAUGAAGAUGAUGGAGGUUCAGAUUUGGGGGAAGGUGAAGACGAGGAGGAAGUUGGUCUCUCAUACCUGAUGAAAGAAGAGAUUCAGGAUGAAGAUGACGAUGAUGACUACGUUGAAGAAGGAGGUGAUGAGGAGGAAGAAGCAGAGGGCAUUCGAGGGGAGAAGAGGAAACGAGACCCUGAAGAUGAAGGCGAAGAGGAGGAAGAUUAAUUUGUUCUAGACACAAGUAGGACCAGACUCUUAAGUUACCGAAUACGCAAUAGUGAUUAUGCAGAUCUGUAUGUCUCCAUGUACCAUAGAUGUCCCUGCAGAAAAUGAUACGUUAACUUUUUAUAGGAGAAGUGUGGUUUUACUAUUCCUGCCCUUUUUAUCAUUCCAAAUAAGAUAUAAUAGCCUGUUAGUGAACCUGUCUGUAGAAAACCAAUUUUCAGCCCUAUAAUCACCGAAGCCAUUGUCAAGUUUUUCCCCUUAGACUUUUGUUUGGAGCUCUUUAAUUUUAUACGAGCUUGCUGCGUCGGUCAUCGUUAGCCCAGGGCUAAAACACCCCUUUCACUUGGGUUUAAUAUUGUGAAUUUCCUUCAAGAUUUCCAAGGUUUUUAUACUUAAAAAGCUGAACUCAAAAAUGCUAUCUGGCAAAU